AUGGAGACGACUCACGAGCCGGCUGACCCCGUUGCCAAGGGGAUAAUCCCAACGGCCAGCCAAUCCAUCCGUGACCUUUUCACGUGGAAGCAGCGCGUUGUCGUGGCCAACCCAGAUGGCGAAUCCUCCUGCGAGUGGGCGAAGCCAAUCCCGCUGAAGAACCCCAUCAGCCUGAUGGCCCAGCUCUCUGCCAAGGACUGGGUGUUUUUCAUCGUCGGCUUUUCAGCCUGGACUGCUGAUGCCUUCGAUUUCCACGCCCUGUCUAUCCAGACUGUCAAAUUGGCCAAGUACUUUGAUGUCUCCAAGACAAGCAUCACCGAGGCCAUCACCCUCACUCUGCUGCUCCGCUCGGUCGGCGCGGCCAUGUUCGGGCUGGCUGGAGACAGAUGGGGGAGAAAGUGGCCCAUGGUGGUCAAUAUGAUUGUCCUCGGGUUGUUACAGGUCGCCACUAUCUACUGCUCGACGUUUCAGCAGUUCCUUGCUGUUCGGUCGUUGUUCGGCCUUUUCAUGGGUGGCGUCUAUGGUAAUGCCAUUGCUAUGGCAUUGGAGAACAGUCCCGUGGACGCCAGAGGUCUCAUGUCUGGUAUCCUCCAACAAGGCUACUCUUUCGGCUAUGUCUGCGCGGCUUGCGCGAACCUCGGAGUGGGCGGCGGCACGGAGACAUGGAAGACCGUCUUCUGGAUCGCCGCUGGGCUUUCCAUUGGAGUCGGCCUGAUCCGCAUGUGCUUCCCGGAAUCGCAGCUGUUCAUUGAAGCGCGCAAGGCUGGCAAGACCGGUGGCCAUGCUACGCAUUUCUGGAAGGAGACCAAGGUUAUGCUGGGCCAGGAGUGGAAGAUGUGCAUCUACUGCAUUAUCCUUAUGACUUGGUUCAACUAUUACAGCCACACCUCCCAGGACAGCUACACUACCUUCAUGAUCACCGAGAAGGGCCUGGACAACUCCGGCGCCAGCCGAGCUUCCAUCCUCAUGAAGGCAGGUGCCUGUGUCGGCGGCACAAUCCUGGGCUACGUCAGCCAGUGGUUCGGACGUCGCCGCACCAUCGUCUGCGCGGCCCUCAUCUCGGCCGCCCUGAUCCCAGCCUGGAUCCUGCCCACGACCGAGCGCUCGCUGUCGGCCUCGGGCUUCUUCAUGCAGUUCUUCGUGCAGGGCGCGUGGGGCGUGAUCCCCAUCCACCUCAACGAGCUGUCGCCCCCGGCCUUCAGGAGCAGCUUCCCGGGCAUCACCUACCAGCUGGGCAACAUGAUCAGCAGCCCCUCGGCCCAGAUCGUGAACGCGCUCGCCGAGAGCAACUUCAUCAGGAACAACGCGGGCGAGCUGGUCGAGGCCUACGGGCCCGUCAUGGGCAUCGCGACGGCUAUCAUCGCAGUCGGGAUCGCAGUUACCACCGCGUUUGGCCCGGAGAAGAGGGGACGCGAAUUCUCCGCCAGACCGGCUGGUAUGAACAUCGAGACGGAGAGCGACCUCAAGGCCAAGGACAUAGAGGCCGAGGCCGCGUCUGUCCACGAGGCUGAGAGGGUGAAUUCGGAGAAGAAGGAGACCAAUGUUUAA